GGCAGACAGGAAUCUUGGUCACAUCCAAAAAAAUCGGAAGUCAGAUCUUGUUGCAGUUACAAAAGAAAUAAUAGUGGAACAAAGAAACUGUUCAACACUCGAACAAAAAUUUGUUGGUAUGCUAAACUUUUCAAAGAACUAUACCACAUACAAAAGUCUCCACAUGGGCCCAUCCCCUGUGGUGCAAUCAACAUAUACAACUGAUGGUAGAGGGCGCUGGUUUCCACUCACUUGUCGACCAAGACAAAGAACUGUUAUAGUCAUUCCAUUUAGAGACAGAGAUGACCAUCUUAAAAUAUUUCUUGAUCAUUAUGUUCCAAUUCUUCAAAGACAGCUGUUAGAUUACACCAUCCUUGUUGUUGAACAGCAGGAUUUCACUCGCAGAUUCAACAAGGGAGUUAUGUUCAAUGCCGGCUACAAAACAGCUCUCUCCAUGACCGAUGAGGAUCAAGUUCCUCUAUGUUUGAUACUGCAUGACAUUGACCUACUCUUAGAGAAUGAUCGGCUGACUUAUGAGUGCUCGCAACAUCCAACUCACCUCUCUGUUGGAAUUGAUACAAUGGAAUAUCGGUUGUGUUAUACUCUGCUGUUUGGUGGCGUGGUUGCUAUAUUUGGGGAGCAAUUUAACAUUUCAAAUGGCUUUAGUAACCUUUUCUUUGGUUGGGGUGGUGAGGAUGAUGACUUCAGAGGAAGAUUAGGUGAAGCUGGAUUAUUUCCAGUACACCAUGAAAAUCGGACUAUCGCUCGUUAUUCUAUGUUAACCCAUGACCAAGUUGAAAAAAGUGAAGCCAGGGUGUAUCUUUGGUUAACUGGACCAGAAAGAUUCCACUGUGACGGACUCAAUUCAGUAGAAUAUACAGUUGACAGCAUACACUACAAGGAACAUUAUGUCCUCAUUAAAAUUGACAUGCCUACAGAUUUCAAGACGUCAAGCAUGUGCCUGGACUGUUUCUCAGGAGGUUUGAAGACAAAGACAAUACAGAAAGCUGUUAAUACUAGUACUGUUAAUAGUACUGUUAAUAAUACUGUUAAUAGUACUGUUAAUAUAACUGUGCCUGAAAUAUGCAAAAUGACAUAG